ACAAAGUCAGAAAAUUGACGGAUGACCCCGGAAACAUUUUAUUUUGCGUAGGUAUCUGGAAAACUUUCUUUUGCGAUUCGUUACUUGAUCCGGAAGAAGAGAGCGCAAACAUCAUUUGCGAUUGGAUCGUAUCAUAAAGGCGGCACUUCAGCGAGCCAGUCAUUUUGGCAACCGGAUGUGACGAUCACGGAAGCGGCUGCCUGAGCUUUCCUCUCGCUAGCGGCUUCGGUGGGCGGGGUCGCCGAGCCCCUGUGGCGCGAUCUUCACCACUGUCCCGGCGCUGCCAUUAGGGCCACGCCUCUCGCGCUGACUCUGGGAGGCUCUGGAGCGGUGUCGUAGGCUCGGUGGGGCGGGGAAUUCGGGCGGAUUCGCCGAACCUAGGACCUGGUCGGCGUCGUCAGCUGCUUCAAUUCUUCCGGUUUUCGGUGGCGGCGGCGCUUCCCUCGGAAGCCUGGGAAUACGCCCUGUUUAGAGACCGCCGUCGCCCUCCUUUCAGCAUCGAGUCUGAGUUGCUGCGGGUCAACUCCAGCCCAAUCUACACUCGCUCUGGUUCUCAGGCCUUGGAAGACCUCGGCCCCACACUGCUUACUUUCCUGGAUGUGCUGGCCCCUCCCACCCCCACUAAAAUGUCCAAUAACCUGCAGAGGGUCUUCCUGAAACCCGCAGACGGAAAGUCAGGCAACACCUCGCGUUGUGUUUCAGGCUGCAUGUACCAAGUAGUUCAGACGAUUGGCUCGGAUGGAAAAAAUCUUCUGCAAUUACUUCCAAUUCCUAAUUCCUCUGGAAAUCUUGUACCACUAGUUCAAUCUUCAGUCAUGUCUGAUGCUUUGAAAGGGAAGACAGGAAGCCCAGUUCAAGUUACUUUUCAGACUCAGAUUUCCAGCUCUUCCACAAGUGCAUCAGUUCAAUUGCCCAUUUUUCAGCCAGCCAGUUCUUCAAACUAUUUUCUUACAAGAACAGUAGAUACUUCAGAAAAAGUUAGAGUUACUUCUGUGGGAACUGAAAAUUUUACCUCACCAGUUUCUAAAGUUCAGAGUCAUGGUGUGAAAAUUGAUGGACUCACCAUGCAAACAUUUGCUGUUUCUCCCUCCUCAACACAAAAUGACUCACCUUUUAUUUUAGUAAAUACCCAGAGUCUUCCAGUGACUGUGAAGUCUCCAGUUUUGCCUUCUGGGCAUCAUUUACAGAUUCCAGCCCAUGCUGAAGUGAAAUCUGUACCAGCGUCAUCAUUGCCUCCUUCAGUUCAGCAAAAGAUACAUGCAACUGCAACCACAAGUACCUCAGGAACAGUUGAGGCCUCCCAAACACCAACCAUUAUUUACGUAUCUCCUGUAAAUACAGUGAAAAAUGUAGUUACCAAGAACUUUCAAAACAUUUACCCAAAACCUGUUACAGAAAUAGCAAAGCCAGUGAUACUAAAUACCACACAAAUUCCAAUGAAUGUUGCUAAAGAGACACAAUUAAAAGGUGGUCAGCAUUCUCAAGCUGCUCCAGUGAAAUGGAUUUUUCAAGAAAAUCUACAACCUUGCACUCCAUCUCUUGUUCCUGUUAAGUCUUCAAAUAUUGUGGCUUCCAAGAUUUUAAAAACUUUUGUAGAUAGGCAGAGUUCGGGGGAUAAUACUGUAAACAUGCCACCACUGAGUACCAUCAGUCCUAGUGGGACACAGUCCAAAAGUAUGCCUAUUAAAGAUAAUGCUUUGGUUAUGUUUAAUGGGAAAGUCUUUCUAUUGGCUAAAAAGGGGACAGAUGUUUUGCCAUCACAAACUGACCAACAGAAUUCUUUUUCUCCUGAUACUCCACCAAGAAAAGAUACAUCACAGAUAGUGAGUUCAAGUCCAGUCACAGAACUAUCCAGAAAGGUUGUAAAUAUUGUUUUGGCUAAAAGUAAAUCUUCCCAGAUGGACACAAAAUCACUUUCAAAUAUCCAGCUUGCUUCCAUGGCCAAUCUAAGGGCAGAGAAGAAUAAAAGAGUGAAGGAAAAAUCUCUUUCUACCCCAAACCCACAUAAUAUGAACCAACCCAUUAACUACUUAAAACAGAGUAAGAAUUUAUUCACAAACCCAGACUUUCCAGAUGGAUUUAGUACAGGACAGAAUGCCCCCAGAAAAGAAAAUAUCAUCCAGAGCAUAGAGAAAAUAAGUUCCUCUGUUGAUGCAACAACUGUUACUUCACAACAGUGCGUUUUCAGAGACCAAGAACCAAAGAUCCAGAAUGAGAUGGCAUCAACAUUAGGAAAAAUUACUCCAGAAAGAAAUGAAAGGAAAAAUUAUCAAGAAAGAAGCAGUAAAUCAUAUUUGAAGAGUGAUGCUGAAUUUAAAAAGAUAUUUGGUCUCACUAAAGAUUUGAGAGUGUGCCUUACUCGUAUUCCUGUCCAUUUGGGCUCUGGGAAAAGUUUUGAGUCCUUUAGCAGUUUGGUGAAGAGUGAUACUUACAAAGAAACAAAGUUUACAGUGAAGGAGGGAGAGAGAAAACAGGGUUUUGAUAAGAAAAGAAAAGCAAAAACCGUUAAGAAGAUGGAUCACACAAAGAAGAGAAAAACUGAGAGUGCUUUUAACACAGCUCUAAAUGGAGGAACUAAUUCCACCAGUUCCCAACUCAUUAGCAGCAUUUUACCAGAUUCCAAUGUAUCACACUAUAACAUUCUCACAAGCUGCAACAAAAUGAGAGAAGAAGAGAGAAGUGAGGCAGAACACUGUACCUGUGAGAACCAGGAGGAAGGUACAUUGAAUUCAAACACAGCUUUUGAACAAAGAUAUUGCUUUAAUAAAAAUUAUACUGAGGAUUUUUUCCCCAUGACUCCACCAGAGUUAGAAGAAACCAUUAGAGAUGAAAAAAUACGAAGACUUAAGCAGGUGCUGAGAGAGAAAGAAGCAGCUCUUGAAGAAAUGCGGAAGAAGAUGCACCAGAAAUAAUAAAAUGUUGGUAUACUUAAAGAUGUCAAUGAAAAAGCUGUUCUUUUUUUCCACAUGCUAUUGCAUUAAUUAUAUAUACAUUCUGAAAAUAUCUUUGAAUAUGAAACUUGUUUUUUCAUUAGUUGAUUAUAACAUUUUAUUAAGGGAAUAUAGAGAAAGUUGAUUCACAUAUGACCCCAUGAAUAAUCUGUGUGGGGUAUCUGAAUCUUUGGGUACCUUUUUUGGAAGGAAAUUUUCUUUUUUUCUAUUAUUUGAAUUAGAAGUACCUGAGUUUGAGUAUUUGUGCAGGGUUUUUUUUAUUUGUAUCUUUAGCUGAAUUGCUCAGGUGUUCCAAUAGAUAAUUACUGUAUACUGUUGAAAUUAUACAAUCUGAGGGAGGAAAUGAGCUCUAAACCUAGAUUUACCAGUAGGUUUGUAUAUGUAUUCCCUCUUUUUACCCAUAAAAUGCUGAUACCUUCUA